AUGCUUCGCACAGUUAAACCCAAAAACGCACGUUCCAAGCGUUUCCUCAAGAAUCGCGAAGCCAAGGUCACGGAGAAUCCCAAGACAGCCCUGUUUGUAAGAGGAUCAACCACCAGUCAAGUGGUGACCGAUGCGCUCAAGGAUCUUUACUCGUUGAAGCGUGCAAACAGCGUCUACUUUGGCAAAAAGAACGAGAUCAAGCCAUUUGAGGAUGAGACCAAGCUUGAGUUUCUUUCACGCAAGAAUGAUGCCGCUUUCAUGGUGAUUGGCAGCCACUCCAAGAAACGACCACACAAUUUGACCUUUGUGCGCAUGUUCGACUAUCAAAUCCUCGACAUGUACGAGUUGGGUGUUCAAGAUUCGACAUUUUUAAGCGAGAUCAAGGGUCCCAAAUGUUCGUUGGGUAUCAAGCCAUUGAUGGUGUUCAACGGCGAGCGAUUCGACAAUGAUGAGACAUGCAAGAAUAUCAAGAACUAUAUGGUCGACUUUUUCAAUGGCGAGGUGGUGGACUCGGUCAAUUUGGGAGGUCUUGAAUAUGUCAUGAGCUGGACUGCUACACCUGAUGAUCGUAUCCUGUUGCGCACAUACCUCAUUCAAAUGAAAAAGAGUGGUACAAAGACACCUCGUGUUGAGCUUGAAGAAAUGGGUCCCAACAUGACUUUUGUGAUUCGACGCACUGAAGCUCCCAAAUCUGAUCUAUGGAAGAAGGCUAUUCGUGUUCCCAAAGAACUCAAGCAAAAGAAGGAGAAGAAUAAGGAACGUGAUGACUUGGGUGAUCAAUAUGGUCGUGUCCAUCUUGGCAAGCAAGACUUCAACAAAUUGCAAACAAGAAAGAUGAAGGGUCUCAAGAGGAAACGAACCGACGAUGGCGGCAAUGAUGAUGAUGGCGACGACGAUGAUGAUGAACCCAUGGCAGAAGACGUCUAG